UCAUCUCCAUGCUGCUGUUUUGUAGCUGUUGCGCGUCAACUGCACCGACAGACACUAAUUAGUGAUCAAACACAAAAUCAAACAUUGUGGAACUUGAACUUGACUGCCAAAAUGAAGUGUGUCAUUGAAAGAAACGGUGUUAAAGUGUUUGGGAAGGCUGUUCAUGCCCUGGCACGCAUAGGAGAUGAAUUAUGGUUGGAUCCUAUGAUGAAAGGGUUGGCAAUGAGGUCAGUGAACUCAGCCCAUUCUGCCUACGGCUGCUUCCUCUUCUCCCCACUGUUCUUCCAACACUACAGCCCAGACACAGGACCAGCCCAGGACUGUGGAACUGUCAAAUGCAAGUUGGUCAUGAAGUCAGUGCUGCUGCUGUUUCGGUGCCUGGCUACCAUUGAGCGUAAUGUGGAUAGCUGUCAAAUAUCCAUCAAUCUCGCAGACAACCGGGUGAUAUUCCAGUUUCACUGCAGACAUGGUAUCACCAAAACACACAACCUGGGUUUCCAGGAAAGUGAAGCUCUGCAGGCAGUGUUUCCUUCUCACCUCUGCCCCAAUGUCCUGAAGGCCCAGCCCAGACUUCUAGGCGACAUGGUGAUGCACUUCCCAGUGUCUCAGGAAGAGAUCACUCUGUCCAUGUCUCCUCUGAGAGUCAAUCUGAAAAGCUACUAUGAAGAUGAAAGUGAUCAAAUGAAGGCCAUGCAUACUGAGAUGUCUUUAGAUCCCAGUGAGUUUGACUACUUCCAGGUUGGAGUUGACUCAGACAUAACCUUCUGUCUGAAGGAGCUGAGGGGAUUGCUGUCAUUUGCUGAAUCACAUGGUCUACCAGUAUCUGCUCACUUUGGCGCCGCAGGAAAGCCGGUGGCCUUCAGUGUAGAUGACAUGGUGCUGGAGGCCAGUGUGGUGUUGGCUACUCUUGUCAACCCAGAGAGCAGGACCCCCUCCCAGGCUACAGAGGCCCAGGCUCCUGCUGCACUAAGGUGUGGAGGUGUUGCGGAGCCUCCGGAGGGCCCGUGUGAGGCAGAUGCCGGUCCCCCCCAGGCCCAGGGGUUUCCCUCUGCAGGCGAGCUGAUAGCAUCCAGCCAGGGAAGCCCAGUGUUCUGUGGAGCAGCCCUCAUGAGAGAGUUCACCAGGACAGGAGAGGAUUCUGAUAGGCUCAGAACACCACAUUACACACACAGAGGUCGUGGCAUCACAACUCCUCCUUCCUCCAAGGUUCGCUCCCUCCUCUUUGGGGCCGUGUCCUGUGAGCAAGGUGAUGGUUGCACCUUUAUGCUGCCCAGUCUGGCGUGUUCCAGUGAUACAGAAGAUGGGGGAGAUGAGAGGGCCAGUGGUGCACUGUAAGUUACCACAGAAUGAUGACCAAGCCAAGAACUGUUUUCAUACCCUGCAAGUUUUUUCAGUAGACCAUAGUCUUUUUCCCAUUGUAUAUUGUAAAUACAUUUAAAAGAGAACAUAAUAUUUUUCAAUUCAUUUGAGUGCUUUAAAUGAAAGUUCAUAAAGCAUGGCUGUUUGUUUUUACUAACAAAUAAGUUAUUCCAAUGGUAUGCGCAUUUAUUGCAAGAAACAUAUACCGUAGAUUUGAAAGUCAGACAUCAAAAGCAUCAAAUUAAUUGGGGUAAACAUUUGUCCUCUUCCCUGUGACCCAGAAACCAAUAAGUUGAGAAUUGUCAAUUCGUUAAUAGGUAACUGGAAGACGGUCCUCCCCUCCUCGAUAGCCUUCAUUUGGCGAGGACGCACGUUUGUGACCAGUCUAAUUUAUACAAGUGCAUUUUCAUCCACUUUCCCUCUACUCGCCGCCUCUCCUCGAAAAGAAGGCCAGGGAGGACGGAGGUGAGAAAAUCUCAAAUUGUGAAAAGGCCAUAGAUUUGCCCAUGAAAACAUUCCUCAAGCCAAGCGCAUGGGGAUGCCACACCUGGGUGCUGAUAGUAAACUCAACACAUCUCACAGACUCGCUAAAGCUUGAGGAAUGUGUAACCAAACAUACAGAUCACAUGGAUCCUUUUCAUGUAGCUUCAGGCAGUCCCCUCAGUUGCACAAGAGCAGACAGCUGCGAGGGAAACACUUGAGUCUAGUCCACUGUGGCCCUUGCUGAGACAGAGGAAUGGAUGAGUCAGAGCAGGGAUAUGCUGCCUGGCAGGGAACAGUAUGAUUCCACCUUCAAAGGGAAAGACUGCAUAAAGAUAAUCUAUCAGAAAUACAUGAUCACGUGUAGCAGCAUGGCCUACCUCACUGGGAGGGAAAUGGUAGCCGUGGUCUGCUUCUAGAUGCUUUUGACCUACAUGUUUUCAUUACCUCAGGAACUGUUCAGUCUACUGUGUAAGUAGACAAAUACCUUGCAGAGACCACUGAACAAACAAUAUUGACACAGAAAAACAUGUGACAAGGGUCUGGUUAAAAGGAAAAGAACGAGGGUAAUAAAUACUGUACUUUAUUGAAAUAUGUUACAGCUUUGAAAACAUGUUAAACAGAAACUGGGUCUCUGCAUUGUUGAACUGUACAUACAAAAUAUCGAUAACGUUACAUGCAGCUCUCACGAUUAACUGAAGUCUGGAACUGGCCAACAGAACAGGGGAACUGGCAGGUCAGGUCACUAAGUCAGUGGGGAGCAGGAUAUGGAUAUCAUGGAGAAGCUCUGAUAUAGUUCCGUCUGACAGGGAGAAUUGCUUGUAUUUUAAGGCUGGUGAGGUUCUUGGCAAUCUCUACAGUGCCAUGUUUGUGAAAACAUUUGGGCCAUCCAGUGCAAGUGUGUUUCAACUCCCAGCGCAGUAAGAAAUGUAUGCAGGGCAUUACCUGGUAGCCCUACAUCAGUCAGUAACGGCAUAGAUAUUAUUUUCCUAGUUAGGGGAGAGCCCUUGAAGCAGGACAGUAGCCUGUAGUGAGGGAACACCAUGACACCAACAGAAAGAAAACCUAAGGGGUACAACACAGUCAAAAAUGUUUUUUCCUGUGUAUUAUAUCAUAUCAUAGCUGAUGAAACUCUGUAAAAGUGAGAUUUUUUGUUAUUUUUCCUGAUAGUUAGUUUCUGGUUGAAAAUACAAUCUGCACAGCUUAUAAUCAGCAAUUUUGCAUGUGCAGGAGUUUGGGCUUUCCAUGGUAAAAUCACCAUGCGGUAAAUUGGUUAAUAGACUAAUAACAAAGAAAGGGAAAGGGGGAUACCUAGUCAGUUGUACAACUGAAAUGUGGGUUCCAAACUUCUAAAAAGCAAUUUUUUUCAAAUUUUUAUGGAAAUCUAUUACAGUAAUGUACUUAAUUGUUCCGAAGUAAUUUGAUAUUUAUAUAAAACAGCUGCAUUGGGCCUUUAAAGAUUCUAA